AUGUCUGCCAUGAACAGGGGUGAAGCAUACGUUGGUUCUGGAGCGACUUCUAUUGGCAAUGGGGAUCAACACAACGGAAACCGCACCGAAAACAACUACUAUUCAGUCAACUUUGCGCCAACAUUCACACUGAUUCUCAAUGUACAUUUGGAUUCACUAAUAUUGUAUGCCCUUGGGCAGCUUGGACCUCCCCAGUUGAUGGGCUGGAAGCGUGAAAUCGUCGACAAGGAAACCAUGCAGGCCUGUUGCCAGCACUGA